AUGAAACUGUUUAUUUACAUAUAUUUUACACUUUUUUCCUUUUUAUAUAAAAAAAAUUUCUCUUCUUCCAUAAAAUAUAAUAACAGAAACAUUUUAUCUAAAUUGAGACUUUUUAAGAAAUUUAUUGGUAAAAGAAGAGUGGACACACAAAGGAGGCAGAUGUUUCUUAUUCCUGAAUCGUUGUUUCAUAAAAAGAAUAAUUUCACAAGUAAAUACGUAAUAUUAAGGAAGCUACAUUAUUCCAACAUGGAAACGCAUAAUAAUUUGCCAAAAUGGAAUAUGCCUUCAAAAGAGGGGAAACAUAUAACCAAUUUAUUGGUAAACAAUUCCCUGACCCAUAGCAAAGUCGAAUUCAUUCCUCAAGAGGGUAACAAAAUAAGAUGGUAUGCAUGUGGCCCCACUGUUUAUGAUGCAGCACAUUUAGGACAUGCAAGAACGUACGUAAGCUUCGAUAUCAUUAGAAGAAUUCUAGUAAACUAUUUUAAGUAUGACGUUUUUAUGGUUAUUAACAUAACAGAUAUUGAUGAUAAAAUAAUAAAAAGGAGUGAAGAAGAAAAAGUGAGCUACACAGAAUUAGCUCGAAAAUGGGAAUAUGAAUUUUGGCAAGAUAUGAAAAAUUUGAAUGUGCUUUUACCAACAUCAAUAACUAGGGUUAGUGAGUACGUAAAUGAAAUAAUAUCCUAUAUAGAAAAGAUAAUAGAGAAUAAAUAUGCUUAUGUUAGUGAAGAAGGUAGUGUAUAUUUUGAUAUAGAUGAAUUUAAAAAAAAUCCAAAGCAUUAUUAUGCACGUAUGGAACCUUUAUCUGUUAAGGAUGAAAGUAAAAUUUUAGAAGGAGAAGGAGAUUUAGGAAUAAUUUCCAAAAAAAAAAAAAAUUCAUAUGAUUUUGCAUUAUGGAAAUCAUCUAAACCUAAUGAACCUUAUUGGGAUUGUCCAUGGGGAAAAGGUAGGCCUGGAUGGCAUAUAGAAUGUUCAACAAUGGCAAGUAAUAUCUUAGGAAAAGUUUUAGAUAUACAUAGUGGAGGUAUAGAUUUAAGAUUUCCACAUCAUGAUAAUGAAUUAGCCCAAAGUGAAGCUUUUUUCGAUCAUAGUCAAUGGGUCAAUUAUUUUUUACACUCAGGUCAUUUACAUAUUGAAGGUUUAAAAAUGUCUAAAUCAUUAAAGAAUUUUAUAACAGUUAAAAAUAUGUUAAAAAAAUAUACAUCCAAUCAAAUUCGUAUUCUUUUUCUUCUUAAUAAAUGGGACUCCUUUAUGAAUUAUAGUCCUAAUGGAGAAAGUAUGAUACAAUGUAUAGAAAUAGACAAAUUUUUCUUUAACUUUUUUGCAUUAAUUGAGAUGAAAAUAAAAAAUUAUAAUUUAAAUAACUGUAAUUUGUAUUGGAAUGAUACCGAUUCUAAAUUAAAUAAUUUAUUUAGACAAACCAAAAAUAAAAUUCAUGAAUAUCUCCUUGAUAACUUUAAUACCCCUGAAGCUAUGGUAACAUUACAAAAAUUAAUUACAGAAAUUAAUGUAUAUCUACAAAAUGAAAAAACACAAAUAGGAUUACUCCUAGAACUCAAACAUUAUAUUAAUUUUAUUAUGAACACUUUUGGUCUUGUAUAUGGCGAUACACAUAAAGCAAAAUAUGAAAAGUUAGAUGAGCUUUUACAAGUGUUAGGAUCCUAUAGAAGUAAUAUUAGGACGAACUUGCAAAGUAAUGCAAAAUUGAUCAGAAAAAUUUUAAAAGAUACAAAAGAAAAUGCAAAAAAGGAGCUAGUAGAAGAAAAGGAUACUACUCUACUUACUACACAGAUGUACACUGAUUUUAUAAAUAACGUCAAAGCGAAUAAUGAAUGUUUAUUAAGGGAAUGUGAUAUGCUACGAGAUCAGCAUCUGUUAAAUAUGGGUAUAUUAAUUGAUGACAGACCCAAUAACGAGUUUGUCAUAAAAAUUUUAGACGAUAACCAACUGCAGCAAGAAAAAGCCAAAAGAGAGCAAGAGCUAAAUAAAAAGAAAUUCGCGGAACAAAAGAAAGGAAACCUUGAUGAAAAGAAAGAGUAG